CCCAUCCGUCAGUCGGCCCAAGCGCGCUGCUAACGAAGCAUCGUCUUCACGUCCUUCCCUGCGCUCUGCACGUGCUGUAUGAGCUCGAGAGUUUUCUUCUUUGUGAUUCGACGUUAAAAGUGCCGCGGAGUGAUCUGUGCUGUUCUAUACCGGGAUGAACGUUGGUGAAGUUAGUGGUUGUAACGAAUAACGUUGGUUUGCACUCGAGAAUAUAGUAACAAAGGGAGAAAUUCGAAGAAAUUCGAGGGCGAGUGAGAAGAGGUGCAUAAUGUUGAUCAACAAGAAGAAGUAGGAUUGUGUGUCAAGUGCUGCAGCUCUACCGGGAAAGCCUGCAUCUUCUCUCUCACAACAAACUGCAGAGCCCACCCCCCCCCCCCCAGUUAUAAGCUCGUAAAUCAAUUAAAAAGCGAUAAAACUCCGAGUACUUAUCAUGAUUCACUCGUCGCAAAAUUAGAGUACACACGCGAUAGCGUCAUGGGUUUGGAGAAAAGGAGAUGACUACGACAACGCCGGAGAUGAGCAGCAGCUCCGGAAGGACUAGCCGAUAACGGACAGUACGUUCGCAUACACAAAAGGAUUAUGACGUCGGUGACAUGUCUAUUGCGGCUGUUGCUUCUCGCAGCGGCGGCGUCGGCUUACCUACCCGACGAAGAGCUAGUCCAGGAGGCGCAACGAGGGCCGACCGACGGUUGCGUCUCUGCCUGUGCCGAGCACGAUCAGGACGAUGCAGACGACGCCACCUCAGAAGUCGGUUGCCUGUUCCGCUGCCGAAUCGAUCACUGCUCCAAAGGCUGUGUCAUAUGGGAACAGGCUCUCGCCUCGAGCUGUCAAGAAGUUUGUAAUGCAACCCAAAGACUGCUAUCCGUUAAGGAACUCUACUGUACAAUCGGUUGUCAGAAUGCCCUGAGUCGAUAUUACCAGCAGUUGAGAGUUGACAUCGGAGUACCGCCCACGCCUAUUCUAGUCGAAGAUUCAAAUGCAGCGACGUCUCUAACGCUCAAAUGGGACAACAGUCAUCUGAAACAGUACGACUUCAAAAUCAUGUAUUUCGCCCAGUGGAAGUACGAAGAUGUCGAGGGGGACUGGAGAUACUGCGAUUAUCAGAGUUGGAACGGGAACAAUCAGAUUUUCGUACACAAAUUACAGCCUUACACAAAAUACAGGUUUCGCCUGGCAAUCCUGCUGAAUUCAAUGGAACAGAACGACGAGCCGCUGUUCUCACAGCCUAGUCCAGCGAUUCUCACGUUUCCAAGCGGACCACCUACGUCGGCGCCGGUAAUUUUGCGCGCUCUGGCGAUCGACCAUUCAAGAAUCUAUGUAAAUUGGAAGGAAGGCCUUUUUACCAACGGGCCACUUUUCUCCUACGUCCUACGACUCCAACAGGAGGGCCAUGAGGCAUUUCAAUUGAAAGACAUUCCAGUCUCGCAGGAUACUUUCAUGUUUCAAAAUCUAGAGCCGAAUACUAACUAUUCCGUCACUCUGACUAUGAGGAAUGGAGAUGGCGAAGGACCGGCUACGUCGGCUUUUGUGAAGACGUUACUCGAACCCGAAGCUAAUUCGUCCGAGAAGCCAUCCCUCCUCAUAACCAGCGAGUACACAGUAAUCCGUCAAAGUGCAGACGUCUUGGUCGACGCAGCUUUGCUUUACAGAUCCACCGAACAGAUCCGCGACACAGCUCUUCUGACGUCUACGUCUCAAUUUUUCAUAAGCGACUCGGCCGAGCGUCUCUAUCGUGUCUCCUUCAAUGGGACUACCUCAAACAGUCAGCUCUUACUGGAGCCCAACAGCACAGAUCUGAGGCCUUGGAGCCUCUCGGCCGACUGGCUUAACUCAAAGUUGUACAUAGCUGGUACCGACGACGAUACUGGCUUUUGGAGAAUCGCCAGGUGCGAGGACUUGAAGUGCAAGGAUCUAAAGAUAUUGAUUGCGGGCUUGGGUGGAGAACCGACGAGACUGCAAGUCGAUCCGUACAAUGGAUAUCUCUUCUGGAUGUCGGGGGACGGGAUUUACAGAGUCGAGCUGGACGAACUAGAGAAUGAGGGUGUGCAGCCGAAACAAAUUUUGAAGAAAUUGAAUCUGGGCGCUUUUAUCGUCGAUUACAGCAACAGACGUUUGCUGGUGUCGUAUCAGUCGGAGAACACGAUCAAGUCCGUUUCGUUGGACGGCAAAGUCGUAAUAGAUAUCAGACUCAACACAAAGCAGCCUAAAUUAAAAAAUGUAACUUCUAUGUCCAUAGUCAAUGGAUUAUUUUAUUGGACUAACGGGGUGGAAAUUAUUGCGGAAAGUUAUGAAUCCACCAACUAUAGAUAUUUUCACAAUGUCCUUAUAAACAGAAUCGACGAAAACUUUAUAAGCUUGCAUGCCCUGACCGAGGAAACGCAACCGAUUCCUCUGCCAACUCGUGCAGCCCGCGACCUUCAAGCUCUAGUCCUCUCUGAACGAGCGAUGAUAUCGUGGCAUGAGCCUCCACUAUUGGGUGACCAAAGUCCAGGUGCCUGGAGCAACUGGUCUUAUUUACUGUUUGUCGAGGACGACAUAAACGGUGAGGUAAUCCAGGAGCGCGAGAUCUACGGUCAUGAACACGCUGUCGACGAUUUGAGAGAUCAUUCGCUGUACACCAUCAAAAUUGCUCCGUAUAGCAAAGCAGGAGAUGGCCCUUGGUCUGCUGACUUUAAGGUUCAGACUAUCAAAAAAGAGAUGAAUGUGUCUAUUCUAUGGGUGUCGAAUGAGACUCUUCUGGAGAGCGACUUAAUCGGCCAGAACAUGAAAAGUAUUGUCAAUAUUACAGACUUGAAUAAGGAUAAUGCUGUGAGCAUAAUCGGCAUUUCUUGGUAUCAAGAUUUGUUUUACGUUGUGGGGGACGAUUCGAAACUGUAUCAGUACAAUACUACAAAUAAUCAGAAGAGCGUCGUUAAAUUUGCGAGCCCAGUAAGCAGCGCAGCCGUUGAGUGGAUGACGAAAAAAAUUUACUGGGCUGAUCCGAAGAAACGAAUCAUUCUGCGGUCAAAUUUAGAUGGUACGCACAAAGAGCCAGUAGUGGUGGCAGGAAUCGUGAAAAAAAUGUUAAUAGACUCUUUGGAAGCAAAUCUGUACUGGUCUACGAGCCGAACCGUAGAAGUUGCUCGAUUGAACGGAGAAGACAGGCGGCAGUAUCGUUACGAGGGAGACUUCAACGGUCAUCACGUGGCAGGUUUGACGCUGGAUCUUGAAAACCGAUUCGUCUACUGGAUCAUGGGCGAUUACGAGAACGAUUACAAGCUUUUCCGAUCGCUCACAGCUGAUAUGCUGCCAAUUGAUCGCGAGAUCAUUCCUGAAUUGGUGUCAUCAAUUCACAACACGAUCGGCAACUCUCUCUCAUACUUCUCGGACCACUUCGUCUUUCUCACUUCUCCACGCACUGCCUUGAGCACCGACGCCUACGGUAAAUACAAGGCGACGCUCGCUCCUCAUCUUCCCACAAACAUAACCCUUCGGUCUCUGACCCUAAAAACUCCAAUACCACCUACCCACCUGGAAACUCCACGUUUGCUUGUUCGCCCAAACUCGGUCGAUCCCGAGAGUAUAGCGAUCGUCGGUACUUGGCGCGACUUCAACGUCACCUGGCAGCCAAUCAAUAACACUAGCUACGGUCGAGUCUUCUACGAGGUCGGCUUCGCCGAUCUCAUCAAUGUAGAUACUCAGCCGGUGUUCACCAGCCGCAAUAGCGUUAGCUAUGCGAAUGCGGAUAGACUGCUGCCGUAUUCGUUGAUCGAGGUUACAGUCAGGGCGUACACUUAUUGGGAGAGCGCGGCGAAAGUCAGCAAGGUCAUCAGGUCGCCACAGAGCGUUCCGAGUCAGCCCACUGAUCCGAGGGUUUUUGUAGAGAGUUACAAGGAUCCACUGGCCGAACACGUUGACUACUUUAUUACUUUUAGAUGGAACAUGCCCGAAUUCGUUAAUGGGCCAGUUAUAGGUUUCACAGUUCAAUGCUGGUUUAUAAUCGACGGCACGGAAGUGCAACUGUGCGAAGCCGUUAAUGUUCCAGUCUCCGAGUUAGAAUAUAAGGUUCAUGACCUCCAACCAAACACGAGCUACUUCUUCCAAGUCUGCGCCUACGCAGAAGUAGGCCCUGGACCUUACACCGAUCCGAUUUCUACUUCAACCGACAAUGAGAAUCCGGUACCUCAACUUCUGGUAGCCACGAUGGAGGACGUGAAGAAGGUCGAUCUGGACCAGCGCACAAAUCUCACUAUAACCAGACACAUAGCAGUCGAAGUUGCCCAUUUGGCUGCCGAAUCCAAGAUUUACUGGAUCAACGAAAUGCAGGAGCUAGUUACAGCUGACGUUGACGGUAGGAACAUCACAAAGAUCCUGACGUUGAACAACACGGCUUUGAGUUUGUGCGCUGACUGGAUAUCCAGGAAUCUUUUCUGGACGGAGUCUAGCUACGAGGAUUCCGGCAUCAGUCACAUCAUGAAGCUGGAUCUCACCGUGUGGGAGGCUGGAGUGUACAAGUACUCGCGGAUAUUGUCGAGGAACAGAAGAAUCGUUAAUCUUGACAUUGCUCCUUUGACAGGCAACUUAUUCUGGAUGGAACUGAGCACGAGCAAUCUAGGCUUCGUCAUGCAAUCAGACCUUUCGGGCGAGAACGUCCAGCCGUUCUUUAACCACACGGAAGACUGCUCCUGUCUCUUCCGUCCUAUGUUACAGCCAGUCUUCACGAUAGACAAUACCGACCCUCAGAGUCCGGUGGUCUACUUCAUCUCCCCCGAGGGUCAGCUUUUCAUCGCCGACAUCGAGGGCUGCAUUUGCAGUCUCGUUUUGGAUGUUACUCCGUCUCGUGGACUACCCCCUACGUCUCUUACAACCGAUAAGAGCUACAUUUACUGGUCCAACAUGGAAUCGGGCAAGAUCCAUUAUGCAGAUAAGACCUCCACGGGUGAGGACAGUCGUGUACGGGAGUAUCCUAUCAGCGACGCGAGAUACAUCCGAGCGAUCGGUAAAUCUCUUCAACCGUAUCCUGAUUCCGACUGCCUCAUGCCGCAACGAGCAGUGUACAGCGUCCAACAAGUCUCCAAGACUUCCACGAGUAUCACCGUUAGGCUUCCCGAACCAGCGGCGUAUCUAGGCUGCGAAAAGUACAGUCUACCAGCAACGCUGUACACUAUCGACGUGUCCGAGUGUCGCAAGAUCAUCGACAACCGCACGAUCAGUGACGAUGUCUGCGAGAACGACGACCGCAUAAGGUUCCAAACCUAUUGGAAGGAGUUCGAGGCCAAGGGUCUGAAACCUUUUACCGAGUACCGCUUCAAGCUUACUUUGGCCAACUACUACGGGGAUCAGGAGUUCGCCAACGUUGACCAGUACGGUCCUGGUCUAGUCCUUAGAACAGGGGCAGGUGUACCCUCGGAGCCCCGAGACGUGCAGACCAGGUCGCUGACGCCAACUCUGGCAGAGGUCGAGUGGCGACAUCCGAAGCAAUGGAACGCAGAGUACGUGAGGUACAAAGUCUUCUGGAGAUCGGCGAAGCCGGUGGACGGAGUUAGACCCGAGGGCGAAAAAACAGUGAAGGAUGGAGACGUGUCCACUUAUCUGCAACCUCUGCUGCCAGGUCAGGAGUACUUGAUAUACGUUAGAGCUUAUCCCGAGAACUUCACCGACGUGCACAGCCAGAGCGAAGAGAAGCUUCUGAAAAUGCUCCCGGAGCCGAAUAAUCUGACCUUAAGCGGAGUGAGCUCGGAGGCGUUGAACGUCAGCUGGACGCCUAUGAAAGACUCCAUAGUUAACCACUCUCUGGAGUAUACCGUCAGCGAGCUCGAGAGAUGGCAGGUAGUCACUGAGUUCGCACAGAUGCGGAGCAGACUGAUUUUCCGGGUGAAAAAUUUGAAGGCCAAGGAGUACUACAAGUUCAGAUUAGUGUUGAGGUAUCGCAACUGUUCGGAAGAUUUCAUCUGGCCAAACGACGGCCGGUUUACCUUUCAGACACUCGAGGACAUACCCACGGCUCCAGGUACACCGAUACUCGUCAACAUGCAGAACUCAAAUUACAGACUGCGAUGGGAACCGGCCAGGAGUUUAGGAUCUCAGGUUCUACAUUAUUUCCUUGAAGGUACAGCCAUUAGCUCGUUCUCUGGAGAUGAGAAUGUUGGUUACAACGUGACGAACAAGUGGCUGCCGAUGUACAAUGGGACUGAGAACAACUGGGACGUCCAGUCGGGUAUGCACCAGAAGUAUUUGUUCAGAGUGAGAGCGAGGAAUGACUACGGAUUCGGCAAUUGGAGUGAGAUGAGCUCGGUUGUGGAUCUUACGGAGAUGACCAGAGCGAUGGUUAUUGCCCAGGAGCAUUUGGGACUGAUUCUCGGACUCAGCGUUCCGGCUAUUACUAUUGUUUUGCUCUGUUUCUGCUACUGCCUAUGUCCAUUCCACAAAAAAUCGAAGGAAGAUCCAAAGAAGAUACCGAUAAAGACGAAGCCCAAUGUAGAGCUGGCAACACUUAGGGAGAUUCCCAGAGGUAACUUCGUCGAGGCCAAUGCGCUCUACGUGGCCGCAGUCGAGGGCGACUCGGACGAUUCCCUACUGCCAAAAAUUCAAAGGGAUCAGAUCUCUCUAGCCAAGUUCCUCGGUAGCGGUGCCUUCGGAGAGGUGUUCCAAGGAAUCGUCAAGGAUAUCAAUGGUCCGGGUUCGAAGACCCCGAUAGCGGUAAAAACUUUGCGCAAAGGCGCUUCUGCUCAGGAGAAAAACGAGUUUAUCCAGGAGGCCAAGCUCAUGAGCCACUUCCAGCACAAGCACGUGCUACGACUAUUGGGAGUUUGUCUGGAUACAGAUCCACCCCUGCUGUUGCUCGAACUAAUGGCCGGCGGUGAUCUGCUUAGUUACUUGAGGACCAGCAGCAGAGCGUUAAAACCGACGGAUCCAGCGGCACUACGACUACAAGACCUGCUGUCAAUGUGCGAGGACGUGGCACGAGGUUGUCGCUAUCUGGAAGAGCUGCAUUUUGUGCACCGUGACUUGGCUUGUCGUAACUGCCUUGUGUCGGCGCGCGAACGCGAGCAUCGUGUUGUCAAGAUCGGCGACUUCGGUCUUGCCCGUGAUAUUUACAAGAACGACUAUUACCGCAAGGAGGGUGAAGGUUUAUUACCCGUGCGUUGGAUGGCCCCAGAAUCGCUAGUCGAUGGCGUCUUUACGUCCCAGAGCGACGUAUGGGCUUUCGGUGUUCUCAUGUGGGAAAUCACCUCGUUAGGUCAGCAGCCUUACCAGGCACGAACGAACCUCGAGGUGCUGCACCACGUGCGAGCAGGUGGUCGUCUGCCAAAGCCGUUGAACUGCCCUGCUAGACUGCAUCAGCUGAUGCUCAGCUGCUGGAGCGCAGUUGACUCCAGGCCCAGUUUUAAGGCUUGCCUUGAGCACAUCGUUGCUUUGAGGAAUUGUACAGAGGACUGUACGCUCAGUCCUGUUAACCCUGGCCAGUUCCUUGUACACGGUAAUGCCUACAAAUCGAACCACUUAAGAGACAACUUAAGCAUCCAAUCCCUUCUACAAGACUCCGACAGCUCGAAACUUGCCAUCCAACCCAAGUACUCCUGGUUCCUCAACGAUUCUCUCGAAUUCAAUGAAUCAAAGGACCCGCGAGCAGCCUACGAGAUUCCAAAAUCUAUCCCGGUGCACGUGGGUACAGCAGCCCAACAGACUGAGAGCAGGUACAUUGAAAUCUGCAGCAGUGAAAAAGAUCCCGAGGAGUCGCCGGAAAAGGACAACAUCAGCUGCACCGAGUCGAGCAGUACGAUAACCGAAGGCGACAGUCAAGAGAACCCCAGGUGGAACCGCAGCUCUGUGGCUAGUCUCAAUCUGGCUGACAAAAAAUUCGACCGGAUGAACAUUUCAGACAAGCGCUCGUCGACCGCCAGCUUAGGGGAUAAAUUCAAAGCUGCUCCUGAUGGCAGUAUGAAGCAGUCUGGCUCGUAUGCGAGACUGGUAGGCAACGGUGAGUCGGUGAGCUCUUUGAGCGACUGGCGAAGAGUCAAAAAGAUAGCCAACGACGAAAGGGAAAGACUGAACGCAGAAAGAAGCAACGCUGAAGAGACAAGGUCCAACGCCUCCUCCUCAAUCUCGUACUCCAUGGUGACGUUUCCUCAGCAAUCGACAGGUACUGAAAAUACAGCUGGUAACAACAAGACUACUCUACCGAAACUGCAGAGAACCAAGUCUACUUUGCAGGGUAGCAAAGCUAACAUUCCACUGGUAAUCAACAGUGCACUCUUGAAUAUGCUGAGACAGGCGCCGGAGAUCGAAGACGAAGGAGACGAUGUAAAUUACGCAAAUAUUGACUCAGAAUCUGUGAAUGUGACUGAUCUGUGACUUAGGUUUUUAUUUAUUAUUUUAAGUAGGAGAGUGAAUGCGAGGUUGUUGGUCGAUUUAGUUUUAGAUCUAUUUUUUAAGAGCCGAAUUUGUAUAGUUUUUAGACAACGUUUAUUCUUAAUUUAUAAUAUUUUAUAAUAUUAUCUACAUCAUGUAUUCGAUGAAUUUUAAAAUUUGAAGAUCGAAUGGUAGAUUAUGCAAUCUGAUUUACUAUCAAUAUAAAGUGAAGCAGCUAAAUCGACUAUCUUUUUUAACUGGAACUCUCAAGCGCAACCAUAAGUAGUUGAUGUGUUUUUAGAUUUAUACAAAAGAUUGAAAAAAGCCAAAAUGUUGUUGAACACACAGCUUUUUUAAUGUGCUUUUAUUGUCAUCAACUAAGCUUGAGAAUCCCUUAUCAACGAUUUUUUAGAUUUUUUAAAACAAUAUGUAGCAAUACAAAAUUGUAGAAGUAGUAAUUAAUAAAGUAUACGUUCUAUACAUAUCGAACUUUUUUAAAAGACAAGCAAUUUGUUAGAAACAAAUGAGUCUGCGGACAGAAAAAAAAGUUGAAUAUUUCAAAACUUGUGUCAUACACAUGUGUAUACCAAAGUAUUCUUAGUUUUAAGACAAUUAAAUUUUGUAAAAUAUUGAAAUACAUUUUUAUAAAAAAAGGAAA